AUGAGACGCUUUCAAACCAGCUCGCUUCUGCUCUGCGUGGUGGCCGCCACCGCCAUCCCCAUCGUGCCCUGGAAGGUCAAAUGCCCACCACAGUGCGUCUGCCAGAUCAGGCCGUGGUACACCCCCCGCUCGGUGUACCGGGAGGCUGCCACGGUGGACUGCAAUGACUUGUUCAUCUCUGCCGUGCCGGAAGACCUGCCGGAGGGGACCCAGACCCUGCUCCUGCAAAGCAACAAUAUCGCCAGGCUUGAGCAGAGUGAGCUGGACUAUCUCAGAAACCUCUCGGAGCUGGACCUGUCGCAGAACAGCUUUUCUGAUGUCUGGGACUUUGGCCUGAAGAGCAUGCCCCAGCUGCUCAGCCUACAUCUGGAGGAGAACCUGCCCGAUGGCAGCUUUCCCGGGCUGGGCAACCUGCAGGAGCUCUACCUGAACCACAACCAGCUCUGCAGGAUCGCUCCCCGCGCCUUCUCUGGCCUCGGCAGCCUGCUGCGCCUCCACCUCAACUCCAACCUGCUGAGGACAGUUGACAGCCGCUGGUUCCAGAUGCUCCCCAGCCUGGAGAUCCUCAUGAUCGGAGGCAACAGGGUGGAUGCGAUCUUGGAUAUGAAUUUCAGGCCCCUGUCGAACCUGCGGAGUUUGGUUUUGGCUGGGAUGAACUUGAGGGAGAUCUCGGACUAUGCGCUGGAAGGGCUGCGGAGCCUGGAGAGCCUCUCUUUCUAUGACAACAAGCUCGUGAAUGUCCCCAAGCGGGCGCUGCAGCAAGUUCCUGGUCUCAAGUUCCUGGAUCUGAACAAAAACCCAUUGCAGAGGGUCAAGCAAAGCGACUUCACAAACAUGCUGCACCUCAAAGAGCUGGGGCUCAACAACAUGGAGGAGCUGGUGUCCAUAGACCAGUUUGCCUUGAUCAACCUCCCCGAGUUGACCAAGCUAGAUGUGACCAACAACCCCAAGCUGUCCUUUAUCCACCCCAAUGCAUUCCACCACCUUCCCCAACUGGAAACCCUCAUGCUCAACAACAACGCCCUAAGUGCCUUGCAUAAGCAGACGGUCGAGUCCCUGCCCAACCUGCAGGAGAUCAGCAUCCACAGCAACCCCAUCCGCUGUGACUGCGUCAUCCGCUGGGUCAACAGCACGGAAAACCACAUCCGCUUCAUUGAACCCCAGUCCACGCUGUGCGCUGAGCCCCCUGAUCUCAAGAGGAGGCACAUUCGGGAUGUCCCCUUCCGGGAGAUGACAGACCGGUGCCUGCCUCUCAUCUCCACCAAGAGCUUGCCCUCCCACUUAGAGGUGGCAGAUGGUGACAAUGUCUCCUUGCACUGCCGAGCUCUGGCAGAACCAGACCCGGAGAUCUACUGGGUCACCCCUUCGGGGAUGAAGCUGAUCCCCUACGUGGAAGAUGGGCGAUACAAGGUGCACCCUGAAGGGACGCUGGAGAUUCAUGGGAUCUCGGCUCGGGAGGCUGGGCUGUACACCUGCGUGGCUCACAACCUCCUCGGGGCAGACACCAAGAGCGUCAGCAUGAUGGUCAACCACUCCUUCCCGCUCAGCGAGGACAGCCUGGAGCUGGUGGUGGCGGAUGUCCAGACCUACCACAUCCUGGUUGCCUGGAAGCCACAUCUCAACACCAUCUCCUCCAACCUCACCUGGUCCAGCUUCUUGCUUAGCUCCAACUUGGACAUGACCAAUGUGGCCCGGAUCCCCAUGGGGACCCACAUGUACAACAUCACCCGGCUCCACCAGGACACGGAAUACUGGGCUUGCCUCCACGUGGCCUUUGUAGACUUGCAGGCCAAGGUGGCUUGUGUGAAUGCCAGGACUAAAGAGGCUACCCACCGCUACCGGCUCCUGGAGGGCAGGCAGAGCCUCCUGAUGGUGCUAGUCCUCUGUCUCCUGCUCCUUGCCGCCAGCCUCGUAGCUCGCUAUGGCAUCGGGGCAGAGCCCAGGAGGGCCAGGGAGCUGCUCCGGGGUGCCACGACUGUGCAUGUGGUCUAUCCCCCCCUCGCCCAGCCCUGGGCUCGGGGGCAGCGUGGGGGGCAGCUCCUGGCCGUGGAGGUGCAAGCAGCCCCCCUGGACUGCUGA